GUUGACAAUUAGAGCUUGCCUGUUACUGCAUUUCCGGACUGCGAUUACACUUGGUCGCAGUUUGGUGUUGUGUUUUAGCGUGUCAGAAGUCAAAGCAUUAAGCGAGAAUGUGUACUAGUCGUCCUUCAUCUGAGACGAUGCAUGAGGUUGCUGUCGAGAACAAGGCCUUUGUGGUUGACUUGAAGAACCGGGCAUGUACGUGCGGUUGGUGGGCACUAAAUGGUAUUCCUUGUAGUCAUGCUUUUGAAUCCAUCAGAAGCAUGCGAGGACAUCUGGACCUUUACGUUGAUGGUUUCUUCAAGAUGGAGUUUGUCAAAAUGGCAUACAAGUUUCCCAUUCCAGCAUUGGAAGGCCGACAAGCAUGGAUGCCCGUGUUUGGGAACAAGGUGUACCCUCCUCGGAUUAGGCGCAUGCCUGGUCGUCCAAAGACAAAACGUCGAAGGGAGGCUUUGGAGAUCUGAAGCAAGCAAGCUAAAAAUGGAAUUGGGGAGGUUGCUAGUAGGGAGAACAUCUCUUUUCAUUGUGGGAAUUGUGGUGGAGAAGGCCACAAUUCGAGGACAUGUAAGAAUGAGCCUGUUGCCCCGAAGAAAGCAGCUCCUAAGAAGAAGAAGCAAGCACACCCAACUCCUAUGGCACCUGUUCCUCAAUCAAAUCAAGACGCUGGAAGGGAGAAUCAAGUAACUCGAAGAGGAUCCUUUUAAAACUUAUUAGUUAUUUGUUAUGAAUGUUUAUUAAUGUAACAUUUUACAGCUGCCACGAGAAAAGAAGAAGGGUCAUUGCAGCAAGUGUAGAUCAAAGCACCAUAAUGCAAGACGUUGUCCACUACUUGUAGGGAUUCAGGUAACCAUCUGUAACUAUGAAUGAAUGGAAUGAAUGAAAGAAUGAAAU